AUGGAGGCUGUGAACUUAGACUUCGCCUAUUCUGAAAGAUCUUCGGCCUGUCUGAGACUUCUGACGAUCUCGCUUUUUGCCGCUGCGCAGGUCAAGAACGAGGAGGAGCUGUUGCAGAUCGCCGGGCACCAAGCAACAUUCGCCGCGACCAACCUGGAAGGCCACCCAGACAACGUCGCACCCUGCAUCUAUGGCGGCUUCCAGCUUGGUAUCCACAACGGCAAGCGCUGGUGGACAGACCGCGUCACGAUGCCGCACGGGCUGAUGUGCGUUGUUUUCUGCCCAGACCACGCGACCGAGACGAGUGAGGCGCGGCUGCUGUUGAAGGAGGAGAUCGCCAUCAAGGAUGCCAUCUUCAAUUGUGGGCGCGUCGCGGUCCUUGCCGGCGGCCCGGAGUGA